UGUUUAUCGUCCUCUCUGGUCGCUCUUCUCACAAUGGCUGACGAAGAUCUUUCUAUAACCACCGCCUUGGCUCCCACUACCUCCAUACGUCCCUCGGGCCACUUCUACCCUUUCGCUACCUCGCCAGAUAUCAUCCGCUCCCACGAGAAGGAUGUCUUUCUCUCUGCGAGCUUGACCAACCAAGCUCAAUCAAUCGCCCGUUCCCUUCGUGGGGCUCGGUUUGCCCAUACGCACUCUGAGGCCAUCAAACGACUGACCGAGACCCUGUAUUUCUCCCUCACCACAUUGAUCGGGAAUCGGACAUUGGGCGAGGAGUACUGUGAUCUGGUCCAAUUGGAGGACGAUACACUGCAACUCCCUUCCCUCCCCCGGCGGGUCGGAUACAUCCUCAGCAGCAUCCUACUCCCGUGGGCGCUUCAGCGGAUCCUCCCCGCAUUCCGACAGCGAUUGCGAGCCAAACUCGAACAUAGUGUUGCCCGCCAGCAGGUCAAGAACGCCCAGACCAAGAGCACGCGAGACGACCAGCGCGACCAUUCGGGCUCUUUCUUCACCAAACUGCGGAUACAGCGAUAUAUCCUGGAGCACCUCGACUCCAUCACGUCUUUGUCACCCAUUUACGCCGUCAGCAUCGCGACCUUCUAUUUCACCGGCGCCUACUACCACCUCUCGAAGCGCUUCUGCGGCCUGCGUUAUAUUUUUACCAAGAAGAUCAACGAGAACGAGCAGCGGGUAGGCUACGAGGUCCUGGGCGUGCUUCUCGUGCUGCAGAUCGCAGUCCAGGGAGUUCUGCACAUCAAGAAGAUGGCCGCCGGCCUGCAGCAGGAGGACCAGGACCUUCACGCAGCGGACGCUGGAGCGGCUGACGGUCAAGGCGAUAAGGCGAUAACCUCCGUUGAGAAUCCGUCUUCGCUUCCGCUUUUGCCCGCUAGCCGUGCCCGGUACGACUUCGCCGAGGACCCGAACGCUGUUCCCUGGAUACCGGCUGGCCAACAGCGCAAGUGUACCCUGUGCCUAGAGUUGUUCAAAGAUCCGAGUGCUACCACUUGCGGUCAUGUGUUCUGUUGGACAUGUGUUCGAGACUGGGUACGCGAGAAGCCGGAGUGCCCGCUCUGCCGCCAGGAGGUCCUCCUUUCUAAAGUGCUACCCUUGAGAGGGUAGUACUAGUCUCAGAGGCGUCCCACCUAGUCCCGUCGCAUACUGCUUUCUUGGCAUGUUUCAGCGUUGCAGAUUGCUUGUUUC